AUGAAAUACAAAGAGUGCGACCGAAAUCACAAAGUAAAUCGUAAAGUCCCCGUGUUCAUCUUCUCAGCUGAGAGUAAAACAAAAGUGCAAAAUAUAUAUCACCUGAAAACAAAAACAUCACCGAGACUGAGCGGCUGUUGCAACCUACUCAUUGCUACUGUUACUUUACAUGGCAGUAGCUACCGACCAAAAAAAGCCGGUUUUUUCAUCAAACUUUUGCGAUCAAAAUCGAGCAGAGAGGGAGAAUAUGCUGUUACUAUGAGGGACAAACUUACAAGUCUGGCCAGAAACUGCAUGAAGUAUACAGCUUUGGAGAAAAUAUCGUACCAAAAAAAGAUUCAAAAAUUCACCUAUUUGGCUCAACGAGCUGAUUUGUUUGGGAGGAGUGAGCAGGCUGUGAUCAACUAG